AUGGCGGGAUCUGGUGUGUUGGGUGUAGCUGCAGCGCUCUUUACUUAUGUGCUACUUUUAAAUGUCUUUUGCUACACCGACACCGGCCAAAUUUACAACGACUAUUAUUCUAAUAAUAGGCUUAAUGCAAAACUACCCUUGGCGACUAAUCUAGUGAUAAGACUAACAAAAAAACAUCUUGGAUUCGGAAGACACGUCUUGACCACCACCUUCAUUCAACUGCACCUUCCCAAUCGAACAACAAAACGCUCUAAAAGCAAAAUAAAUCCACAACAAAGCUACGCGUUUCUAAUAAUCAUCUCCCUCCUGCUGUCCGGAGACAUACACCAAUGUCCUGGUCCACUCAACAAUCAACAACACGAUAGACCGCACAUUACGCCCGUGAUUGGUGCGAGCAUCAACAGUAGCAAUCAGACGGCGGUGUUUGGCGGGGACGUCGCGGCUGGCUGGAUGGAUGUUCGAGCCGGGCAUGGGGCCUCAGCCUGUGUGGACCCGCAUGCAUUGCCUAUGCCGGGCGCAUCGACGGCGGCGACUUGCAGUCAGGAGGGCGGCGUGUUGAGCGCUUGGGAGGCAUCGAACUAUCGGAAACGGUCAUUUUCUUCAAGAAUUGCAGGUGAAAGCUCACCAACUCUUACUCCAAAGGAACUUAAUGCAAAUCAAAUAAAUAGCGAUUUAUUGGGAAGUCAAACUUGUAAACACAGGAAGUGGUCUACAAACCCAGCUGUCGUGAAAAACAGGAAGUGGAAUGUUUUUCAGACUGUCAACCACUCAAAAAUAAUAUGGGACUCAAAAUUAAAACCAAAUGGAUUAUUCGGUGGGCACAUCAAUAUACGAAGCCUUGUAUCUAAAUUUGAACAAAUUCAGUUUAUUUUAACAAAAUCAAACUUAGACUUUCUCUGUCUGUCAGAAACCUGGCUAAAGGCAAAUUCACCAUCUGCUGCAAUUACGGUGCCAGGCUACCAAAUUCUUAGACGUGACAGAGCAAAAUCUAAAGGAGGCGGAGUUAUGAUUUAUAUAAAGAACAGUAUUCUGUAUGAGGAGAUAAACUUAGCAGACUGUGACCUAGAAUGCAUUGGGCUGAAAAUUAUUUUAUCACCACAAAUGUCGUUCAGCCUUAUCGUACUGUACCGUCCGCCCAAUUCAAAUAUAGAUUUUUAUGAAAAAUUGCAAAGUAUGCUGUCAAAUUGUAAUUUUGAUAAAGAGGUCAUGAUAAUGGGGGAUUUUAAUGUAAAUUGGGAGGACAGAGUAGUCAGAAAAAAUCUUAAGCAAAUAACAGAUCGCUUUGACCUCACACAGGUAAUUAAAGGCCCUACAAGAGUAACUCCAUCAACUAAAACCCAGAUAGACUUGAUAUUCAGCAAUAGACCAGAAAGAAUAAAAAAAUCUUUUAAUAUGAUCACAGGAAUAUCUGAUCACAACUUAGUACUUGUCACGAGAAAAUUGUCAAAAAAGAGAUUUGGUGUCUCUAAGGUUAAAGACCAGGAAUCAUUUAUAAUAUGA